AUGGAUGACUCUGUGAACCCAUUUGCAGACCCAAGCACAAUUCCCACUGCUCCUACGAAAAAGGCGUCGCGUUUUACUACAUUCAGUGUUCCUGAAUCUGACAGUGCAUCUCCAAAUUCAUCGAAUUAUGCCCAAAGUCUGUCUACAAAGUUUAUUCGUACAUCGCCUGGUGGCGAUUUUCUUUCACCACUUCCGAAGUCAACCAGUCGUCGUCCCGAUCAACAUCCCGUGUCUCACAAACCCGAGGGUCAACAGUAUGAUGAUUUUGAAACGAUUGAUUGGGUAAAAGAUAUAGCUUGUGAUCGAGAUCGCCAUCGACGAAUUCACUCUGACAAGAAUACUUGUCUUGGAUGUCUCCGCAUAUACUGGAACUCGGCUUCAGGUUGGGUGUGUGUGAGCCUUGUGGGAAUAGCCGCUGGUUUGAUCGCGGCCCUAAUCGAUAUCGGGACACCCUGGCUCACUGAUUUGAAGGAGGGGGUCUGUCUUGACGCACUCUGGUUUAACCGCGCUCAAUGUUGUUGGUCUUCUGACGUCCCCGGUGAAGACUGUCCGGAGUGGUACUCGUGGUCGCGUUUAGUUAUGAACAAGAAUCCGACAGGUGACCAUCCCGAUGCCUACUUUGUUGCCUACGUCAUUUUUGUGCUGUGGGCAGUCGCCUUUUCCGGUCUGUGCGUUGCUUUCGUUCGGAUGUUUGCUCCAUACGCAUGCGGCUCUGGGAUCCCCGAAAUAAAAACCAUUCUCAGCGGUUUCAUCAUUCGCGGAUACCUUGGCAAGUGGACACUGUUGGUCAAGUCGUUAGGCAUGAUCCUCGGUGUGUCUGCUGGUCUAAGUCUGGGUAAAGAAGGUCCAAUGGUCCAUAUGGCGUCCUGCUGCGGCAACAUUCUCUCCUACCUAUUCCCCAAGUACUCGAAAAACGAGGCCAAGAAACGAGAAAUUUUGUCCGCGGCUGCAGCUGCCGGCGUCGCUGUGGCCUUCGGCGCUCCGAUUGGAGGAGUGCUUUUCUCCCUGGAAGAGGCCUCCUAUUAUUUCCCCAUGAAGACAAUGUUUCGUUCGUUUUUUUGCGCCAUGGUCUCCGCCAAUCUCGUCCGUAUGAUCAACCCCUAUGGAGAUGAGCACCUUGUCAUGUUCCAAAUUGACUACAAAGCCCAGUGGCACAUUGCAGAGCUGAUUCCGUUUGCCAUUUUGGGAUUUUUGGGGGGAAUAUUCGGGACCCUUUUUAAUCGUUCGAACCUCUAUAUAUGUCGCCUGCGUAAAACAACGUGGCUGGGCAAGUACCCUGUUCGCGAGGUGUUGCUGGUGACCCUGGUUACGGCGGUUCUUUCGUUCCCGCUGCCUUACAUGCGCAUGAACAUGGGCGAUCUCAUCCGCCUUAUGGUGAGCAGAUGCGGCCCUGGAGACCUCGGUGUUCUCUGCGAUUACAGAGUGAAUUUGAGCGACACUCAAGCUACCAUGAUGGGCAGUUAUCCAGCUGGGCCUGGCAUCUCCCGAGCAAUGUGGAUGCUUGCCGUCACGCUCAUCUUAAAGUCGGUUAUCACCGUCUUCACCUUUGGCAUCAAAGUUCCCACAGGUCUAUUUAUUCCCUCGCUUGCAGUCGGGGCAAUGAUGGGACGUAUGUUGGGAGUUGGGAUAGAGCAGCUCGUCGUACACCAUGCGGAUCAUCCACUUGUUCAGCGAAUGUGCAAAUCGGCUCACCCAUGCAUUAACCCUGGCUUGUACGCUCUCGUAGGAGCCGCCUCUACCUUGGGCGGUGUGACGCGAAUGACAAUCUCGUUGGUUGUCGUCAUGCUUGAACUCACCGGCGGUUUGACGUACAUUUUGCCAUUGAUGGUGGCAGCAAUGGUCAGCAAGUGGACAGGGGACCGCCUGACUAAUGGGAGUAUUUAUGAGGAGCACAUCCGCCUCAACAACUACCCCUACUUGAGCAGUCGGGAGGAGCUCACGCACACCUCCAUCGCGGCCGACGUAAUGCAGCCCAAAGCCCAGACGUCUCCUCUGCUCGUCGUGACCCAGAACUCGAUGACCGUUGGGGACAUCGAAUAUCUCCUCUCUUCUUCAACUCUCAAGGGAUUUCCUGUUGUUGUUUCCGAAGAUUCCCAAUAUCUGGUUGGUUGGAUUACGAGGAGGGACCUUACGCGGGCUCUAGAACAAGAGAAGCUGUACAAUCCCGAUGUUUCUACGGAGUCAGUUGUCUACUUCACUGAUAGCAAUAGUGCUGGUGACUUUGGCUUAUCAACGAACGUUGCAAACCUUUCGGCAAUCGUCGACCUUUCCCCAAUCACCGUCACUGACCAAACACCCAUGGAAACAGUUCUUGAUUUUUUCCGGAAAUUAGGCCUUCGACAGGUUCUUGUUACCAAGAAUGGGUAA